AUGUUGAGGUGUCUGCUCAAGGCGCGGCUCUGGCUGGAGCACCCCUCGUACCACUCAUAUGCCGGGGACGCGCACGCCGUGUUCCUGACCGGCCCCCCUGCACCAACACAAACGGGUUGCGCUCUCACGAGUCGGAGCCUCGAGACGCAACUUGGCGCUCCGUUCGGCCUCUCCCGCACAGCGGCGCAACGCCCCCCCCACCCCCUCCACGUGUUCCGGUGUGAAGCCGGAAGCCGGAAGUGGAGGCGCCCACGUGUCGCCAUGGAGGCGGACGCGUGGCUGCUGGAGUCCAUCCUCGCCUACAAGGAGCUGCACAUGUUCGAUCUGCAGGAGCCCACGAGGACCAUAGAGUGGGUGGACGACAACAGUGUGUGCGUCGCCGGAUUCAACUCGGAGAAGAAAAACGAGAUCCUUGAGCUGGGGCUGCCGCAAAAACUUCUGCCCAAGGAGAAGCAGGGCAUGUGUCCGGAGCGCGACUUCAAGGUGGUGCACGGAGGCUUCUCGAACCGGCCAGUGUACCGUUUGGAGAGCGUUCGGGGUACCAGCUUGCUGCUGAGCAGCGGCCCUACGGACAACUCCGUCCAACUCUGGCAAAGGGGAGGAGACGACACGGAUGUGGUGAGGAAUGUGGGCGAGAUCCACAACAGCCGGAGAGAGCCGCAGUGGAGUCACAUGUGCUGCUCAUCGGACCAGCUCCUCCUGCAUGGGUCCAGCAUCGGCACCGUCCAGACCACGGACCUGCACACGCGACAAGCCACCUUCUGUCUCGGCGACGCCGUCAUCGACGGCGGCGCUGGUGGCGGCCGCCUGUGCGCGCUGGCGUUCGUGGACGGAGGGCGCACACUGCUGGCCUGCGGCGACGUCGGCGACCUCUGGCUGCUGGACGCCCGCUCCGGGCGUGUGGCGGCGCACGCGGCACCCUCACCGCCGCCGGAGGCGGGGAGCCAAGCCGGCGACGGACCCCGUUGCGCCUGCACGGCCGCCUUGGACGGCUGCCGCUCCGGUGGGCAGGCCGGACGGCCCGGGGUCCGAGUGGCGAGGUUUUGGGCGAGCGGGCGCGUGGCCGUGUCCGACGCGAGGAAUCUGGAUCGCGUGGUGGCUGCCGCCACUUUGGAGAGCUCUUGCCGGAAGAGCGUGACGGCGCCGGAAGAGACGGAGGAGUCGCUGCUCUGUGUCAGCUGGUCACCGACUGCCCCGGAGCACAUCGCCCUGUCUGGAUUUGACGGAAUGGUGCAUAUUUAUGACACGACAUCCUGGACGCCGGACCUCGCCCCCGCUCGCCCGUCAUUCGUCCACAAAGGUCACACGGUGGUCGAGGGCGAUGCUCGCGACGCGCAGGUGACGCAGCAUGCGUGGCACCCGUGGCGCGCCCGGACCCUGCUCUCCGCGGGAAACGAUGGCUCCCUGCACGCCUGGGAGUGGGUCCUGCCGUGACCACGCCUCGCGCACGGCAUUCCAU